CUUGAGUAAGUUCCCCUUCCGCUUCCUCCUGCCCCACCACUGCUGCUCCUCAGCGGGCGCCUCGCCAGUCUCCACACCCCUUGUGCCCGCAGAAACGCGCCUGGCCCUGAGCUGUCACCACCGACACUCUCCAGGCCCCGGACACGAUGCAGGCCAUCAAGUGUGUGGUGGUGGGAGAUGGGGCCGUGGGCAAGACCUGCCUUCUCAUCAGCUACACCACCAAUGCCUUUCCCGGAGAGUACAUCCCCACCGUGUUUGACAACUAUUCAGCCAAUGUGAUGGUGGACAGCAAGCCGGUGAACCUGGGGCUGUGGGACACUGCUGGGCAGGAGGACUACGACCGUCUCCGGCCACUCUCCUACCCACAGACGGACGUCUUCCUCAUCUGCUUCUCCCUCGUCAGCCCAGCCUCCUAUGAGAACGUCCGCGCCAAGUGGUUCCCGGAAGUGCGGCACCACUGCCCCAGCACGCCCAUCAUCCUGGUGGGUACCAAGCUGGACCUGCGGGACGACAAGGACACCAUCGAGAAGCUGAAGGAGAAGAAGCUGGCUCCCAUCACCUACCCGCAGGGCCUGGCGCUGGCCAAGGAGAUCGACUCGGUGAAAUAUCUGGAGUGCUCAGCCCUCACCCAGAGAGGCCUGAAAACCGUGUUCGAUGAAGCCAUCCGGGCCGUGCUGUGCCCUCAGCCCACACGGCAGCAGAAGCGCGCCUGCAGCCUCCUCUAGGGGUUGCACCCCAGCGCUCCCACCUAGAUGGGUCUGAUCCUCCAGGAUCCCCACCCAAAGCCUGAUGGCACCCCGACUGGCCACGCUGUCCCCUCCCUGUGGCAUUUCUUAGCAGAUGGCUGCAGAGCUUCGUUGAUGGUCUUUUCUGUACUGGAGGCCUCCUGAGGCCAGGAAGGUGUGAAUUUGCAGGUGCUGCAUUCCAAGCCCCUCAUGCUCCUGCCUUCCUGAGAGCCAGAGGGGAGCCCCAGGACCCAUUAAGCCACCCCCGUGUUCCUGCCAUCAGUACCAGCUGCCGCGUAUGGAAGCACCUACCCGUUCAUUCCAGUCCCACCCCAUGCCUGACUCCCCUCUGGAAACUGCAGGCCAGAUGGUUGCUGCCACAACUGUGUACCUUCACAGAUGGGACUCUUACUCCCUCCUGAGGCUGGCUGCUCUAAUAUCGAUGGUCCUGCUUUUCAGAGAGUUCCUCUACCCAGCAAAAAUGAGUGUCUCAGAAGUGUGCUCCUCUGGCCUCAGUUCUCCUCUUUUGGGACAACAUAAAACAAAUCGAAUUUUCUAUGUCUCUUGGGGUAUCUGCUCAGCCAAUGGAAAAUCUGGGUUCAACUGGCCCCUGCCAUUUCUUAAGACUUUCUGCUCCACUCACAGGAUCCUGAGCUGCACAUACCUGUGAGAGUCUUCAAACUUUUAAACCUUGCCAGUCAGGACUUUUGCUAUUGCAAAUAGAAAGCCCAACUCAACCUGCUUAAGCAGAAAAUAAAUUUAUUGAUUCAA